AUGGGCUGCACGAGCAGCACUCUCGAGGUUCAGCCUGUACAGCCCUGCGAACCCAAAAGAGGGCUGCCAAGAUUGCUUGGUGCCAAGACUGGUCUUGAAUUCCAAGUAGAAGGGAGAGGUUCAGAAGCCAAGUCACCAGAAGAAUGCCGAAGCCGCAGCAACAAGGCCUUUGGACCGAGCUGGGAGUUGGAGUUGCUUCGAGUCGGUGAGAGGCUGAAGAAAAAGCUCCAAGAUCCACACUUCGUAGCUACUCGUGUGAGUGAGUCUGAUGACCUGGAACUACACCAGCUGCAGCAGGCCCUCAAGGUCUUUGGGAUGGACACAAAGGACCUAAGCAGUUCUGCGUUCCAAGAAAACCGCAUCAGCAAGGAACACUUUGCUCAGAUGGUGUCCGCGCAUGCUCCUCGCGCGAAGUGUCCCACACUCUUGCGUGGCAUGGGCUUGGGUCAACUACAUCGCUUGGAAAGCCUCUUCAUCGACACUGGCUGGUUGGCUGCACAGUGCAGAUCCUUCAACCGAACCCAUUCAGAGGCCAUCCAAGGGGGCAUGGAGCUGGCACGAGCUCCAGAUCUCUAUGGAAUGGACACUUUUGUGGUCACUCCUUUGUCCAAGCCUGGGCCUUCUACCGCCCGGGAACACGAUGCCAAUGGCGUGAUUCCAUGUGCACAUCGAGCGUCUUCCUUUUCAGAGUUGGUGAAUCCUCAUGGGCUGUAUGUCCACUGCUUUGUCUCGCACUUCUGGGGAAACUUGUUCAAAAGCACGGUCAAGGCCCUUGGUCUGUGGGCGAAGGCCAACUUUGAGAGGAUGCAAGCUGGGCAGGCGGAAUCUUUAGUGUUUUGGAUUUGUCUCUUCGCCCUGAAUCAACAUGAUGUUACUGAAGAGCUGGGAGAGAAUCCACUGCAAGCGCCCUUCAAUGCAGCCCUGGCACACGCUGAAGCUGGUGCAGUGAUGAUUCUGGAUGAGGACGUCAAUCCAUUGAAGCGUAUUUGGUGUCUCUUCGAAAUCUCGCGACUGAACGACCUGCAAAAGCCCUUGGAGCUCAUCACGCCCUUGGGGCCCUUGUCACAGGUCCCAGAGAAGUCAGAUGUGACAGGCUUCCUGCAUUCCACUUGCAGGGCCUUGUCGGAGGUGUCAGCUAGAAAGGCAACGAGUUCAGCAGAAGCUGACAAGUACCGUAUUUGGGCAACAGUGGCAGACAGGGCGGGGAGCGAAGUGGAGCGAGGGCUAGGAUUGAGGGGGGAGUACGCCUCAGCAGCGAAGUGCUGUGAGUAUGGAGCCUCCUUUGCCAAAGAGCACCUCAGCCUCAUUUGCUCGAGCUUUGCCAGCGGCCCAGAGCGCACGAGCUGGUUGAACGCUUUGCUCCUGAAGUGCACAGAAGCUCCUACCGCCAAGCUGCUGCUGGAGAACCAUGCUGAUGUUUGGGCCUCCCACCACGAUGGGACCACCGCGUUGAUGCGUGCUGCACGCGGCGGCCAUGAGUCAGUUGCAUUGCUCCUGCUAGAGUAUGGUGCGGGACGACCUAGUGCUGAUCAUGAUGACAUAGUGCUGAUGGCGGCUGAUCAUGAAGCUUGCUGUUGGCCAAUGACCUUAGUCGAUGUGGAAUAUGACUCCGCAGACGUGGAGCUGCCGUUCUUAUCAGAGUCUGACUUGGAGGAAGCGGACGUUUCUACGGGACAUGAUCGUGGCGAUGCAGAAGGCGCGGACAGUGAGGGCAACACUGCUCUGAUGACAGCGGCUAUGGAAGGGCAUGAGUCCAUGGUGAAGUUGCUGUUGGAGCACCGGGCUGAUGCGAGAGCUGCCAACCACGACGGUGCCACUGCCCUGAUGGCAGCUGCUCUUCGUGGCCACGAGUCCAUGACGAGGCGACUCCUCGAGCACCGUGCUGAUGUAGGAGCUGCAAACAAUGAUGGUGCCACCGCGCUGCUUGUCGCGGCUCUUCGUGGGCAUGAGUCCAUAGCUAAGCUACUGCUGGAGCAUGGUGCUGAUGCAGGGGCUGCAAGCAACGAUGGCGCCACAGCACUGAUGACAGCUGCCCUUCGUGGGCGCGAGUCCAUGGCCAAACUACUGCUGGAGCACCGUGCUGAUGCACGAGCUGCGAACAAUGAUGGUGCUACUGCUUUGAUGACCGCGGCUACGGAAGGGCACGAGUCCAUGGUGAAGUUGCUGUUAGAGCACCGGGCUGAUGCAGGAGCCGCCAACGACGACGGUGCCACUGCCCUGAUGGCAGCUGCUCUUCGUGGCCACGAGUCCAUGGCCAAGCUACUCCUUGAGCAUCGUGCUGACGCAGGAGCUGCAAGCAACGAUGGUGCCACUGCCCUGAUGGGUGCUGCUACAGAAGGGCAUGAGUCCAUGGCGAAGCUACUGCUGGAGCAUCGUGCUGAUGCAGGGGCUGCUAACAACAAUGGUGCGACUGCUCCAAUGGCAGCUGCUUUCUUUGGGCAUGAGUCCAUGGCGGAGCUGCUGUGGGAGCAUAUGUCGUGCUGCAGUUUGGAUCCCUUCGAAUGA